AUGAGUGGUGCAACGAUGGGGCAGAGCUACUUUGCCGUCUUCGAAGAUUUCAAUCAUGUUGAGACAGCCGCGUUGGUCGAUGAGUUCCAACGGCUAGCUCAACAUCAACACUGGAGACCAGGCAGUCGAACUUAUACGAAGCAACGCCAGAAGUGCUUCGAACAAGCAUUCAACGAGCACUAUAGCAAGCCGGAGACAACUCUACAGGGUUGGCAGGACCUCUGUCGAGAGCUUGCUAUCCAGCCGCCACCGUCCUCAAUUACACACUGCAAGAAGGCACGUCCCAGCGUCUAUACCUGGGAUGUUUACUGA